AUGAGCAAGUCCAUUCUUCCUUUCACUGAAGCUAACAGCAAAAGAGUUGCCUCUUUGUUCAGACAAGCAUUGAGAACAGCAUUUGAUUCUUCCCUCAAAUUCGAUGCAUACAGAAGAGAGACAAUCAAAAUCAGAGCCCAAUUUGAGUCCAACAAACAUAUCUCCGAUCCAAAUGAGUUGGAGGAAGUCAUCACCAAAGCUCAAUCAAAGUUGGCUGAAUGGCAGCACCCGGAUCCAUACAUUCCUCCUUGUAGACCAGGAGGAACCAAGUUUGAGAGAAACAUUCCAUUAGCCAAGGAAAAUAUUGUUCCAGGUGACUGGUGA